AUGAAGAUUUGCACGCUAACGUGGAACACACACGGCGGAGCGGUGAUACCAGAAAUUGAGACACAUGCAGAUCUAUUCAUUGUGGCACUUCAGGAGUGUUAUGACACUCCUAGAAUCAAAUGCCAUUUCAGAUAUGUCAAGAUGUGCAGUAUGUUUGGCCUUAAAACGUUGGUUGCAAGUAAUGAUGAGGUGAAGACACAAUUCUUUAGAGUGGGACAAGGAGCAUUUAGCUUUGUCAAUAAAGGGUUUAUAGCAACCAAAGUAAACGAGCAAAUCCUUCACAUAAAUGCACAUUUGGCACCCCACGAAUACAACAACGACGAGCGGCUCCGCCAGCUCGAGGAAAUAGUGAAGUUUGUUGGCAGCGAAAUCCAAACGGUUAUACUGGCAGGAGACCUGAAUUUUAGGUGCUGUCCGCAUGACCAGGCAGACGGUUUCAAAAGAAGAUAUCCUCAGUUUAGGGAGGAGAAGAUCCACUUCAAGCCCACAUACAAGUAUAGACAGAACUCAUAUGAUCUAUCCAGAACCCCCUCGUAUUGUGACAGAGUAAUGGUAGCUUCUGCAUUUCGUGUAUCCUUUGAUGAGUACUCGUCUUUAGAUAAAAUUACGUUGUCUGAUCACAAGCCUGUAAUUUGUAGAUUCAAGGUUACUAAUGACAGGGUUGUGCAACAGGUGUUUUCAGGGAGUAGUUCAUCUUUGAUAGCGAGAAGAAUGCUAACGGCGAUGUAUGUACUGCUGAUUGAGGAGAGAAGGAAAUUGCUGCUUCUCACCGUGCUAAUCUUGUUCAUUAUCAAAAUAGCCUUAAAAAUUUAUAAAAAAUUUCAAAACGCAUUUUGA